AUGGCACCCGCAACAGCUGAACCUUUAGUUCGGCAUUCACCUGAAACGAAGUGGUACGAUUAUGGGGAUUUGGAAUGUACUGAGCAACUGACAUCUGAUUUGAAUUGUUUUAACAGUAUCGAGAAGCAAGCAGAGAUUUUGUUGAAAAGGGACUGUGAAUUACAGUGGCAGAUGCAAAGUAAGAAAAACAUGACUGAAACAGCAUGGCUGAGCACAAUUCUGACUCGUGGUACUGCCAGAGAUAAAGUAACUGCUAUGCAGAUAUUGACACAACGACAUCCAGUUCAUUCCAUUUCAUAUGUUGCUGCAUUGGUUAAUAAUGUUGCCAAGAAAAAUGCAAGAGAGGCAUUUUCUGUACUCGGCUUGCUAAAAGACUUGUUUAUCAAUGAAUUAUUACCGCCAGGGCGAAAAUUGAUCCCCUUCUCGGCGAGACCAGUGGAGAAAAUAAAUUUGUCAUCGUUGGACAAAGAUUUUAAUAUGAAAAGGAAACUUAUACUGUGGAAAUUUGAGUCGGAUUUGAAAACUGUGUAUGAAAAAUUUGUCGCUGCAAUAGAGCGAUUGGCUGGAGAAAAUAUAGAAAAAUUGGGCAUAUUAUCUUGCCGCUAUGCUCUGGAACUAUUGAUUGCACGUGCUGAACAAGAACAGAAGCUGUUGUCUUUGCUUAUAAACAAACUCGGACAUCCGAAUAAAACAUUAGCUACACGUGUUUGUGGAUAUCUGCUACAGUUGACCAGAAAACAACCACUCAUGCGUCAUAUCGUUGCUAAAGAAGUAGAACGACUUAUCUAUCGAAAGAAUAUUUCAUGCUGCACACAGCUUCAUGCAGUCUCAUUUUUGUCCCAAAUGAACUUGCAUGGUUGUGACCCAACGCUUGCGUCAACGUUGCUUAAUAUAUACAUAGGAUUAUUUCGAAUGUUAGUUUUUAAUAAGAAAAUGGAUGACAAAAUAUUGAAUGUUUUACUGUUGGCUACGAAUCGAGCUUUUUCAUAUGCGAAAGGUGAUGUGGAUAAAUUGAUAAAAGAAGUCGACACUCUAUACAAAAUUUUGCAUCAAUCAAGUUUUUCAACUGCAUUGCAGACACUGAAGUUAUUAUAUCAACUUCUUACAACAAGUGAGGGGAUUUCGGACCGUUUUUAUGCUGCUCUUUAUCGACGUAUAAUGGAUCUUCAACAUGGCACAAAUGUAGAUAGGCAGUUGUUUUCACUGUUAUACCGAGCUUUAUCUUCAGAUACUAUUGAAUGUAGAGUUAUCGCAUUCGUCAAACGUCUUCUACAACUCUCUUUAUGUCGUAACGCUUCAUUUGCUGCUGCAACGUUAAUUUUGAUCUCACGAUUAACUGAGAGUCGACCGUCAUUAUUAAUAACUAAGAAAACUGCUGAUUUCACAAAAUUCAGUAAUGAAGCGAAAACAGAAGCUGUUGAUGAUGACGAAGAAGUGUAUUAUGAUUACGAUUCCUCCACAGAGACGGUAAAUGCCGAAACUUCAUUAACAUCAACAUUUGAAAGUAAUGACAAACUUAUUAGUGAUAUCAAACCGUGUGGAAAAAAGGUUUUUGGAUGGAUGCACAAAAAUAACAUUGUGGUGCGAAGUACUGCAACAACAUACGACCCAAUGGUUAGAAAUCCAUUGUUCUGUCGUGCUGAUAAAAGCAUCGUUACAGAAUUGAUACUAUUAAGUAUGCAUUAUCAUCCUUCAGUUGCUGUGUUUGCGUCAAAUCUGCUUAAUGGCAUAUCAAUACGAUAUGAUGGUGAUCCUUUGCUCGAUUUUACGCAAAUGCGCUUUCUCGAUCGUUUUGUCUUUCGAAAUCCGAAAAUAAAAAAUACGAAUGAAAAAAUUAUGCGACGCAAGGCCUACGAUCCUCACGGUGUUAGAAAGCUACCAGUUAUAUCGAAGGAAUACGCUGCAAAAAGCAGAAAUGAAAUACCAAUCGAUGAAAGGUUUUUACACCGUUUUGCAUUAAUGAAAAUGCGUAUGAAGAAAGAAGGUGAAGAAGAAACUAUUUAUGAUGAUGAUAUUCAAAGUGUCAAUUCCGAUGAAUUCAAUAUGUUGCUAGAUCGUUUCGAGCCGGGUGAACGAAGGGAAGUAUUUGAUGUUGACUUCAGUCAAGAAUUCAGUAUUGAAAAGAAAAAGGAAAUGAAAAACCGAAAACGACCACUUGAAAAUGAAACUGACGAUGAGGAAGAUGAUGUGGAAAAAAAGAAUAUGAUUGAUGCUGAUGAGGAUGAGGAGCUUGAAGAGGAUAUCGAGGAUGAAUCUAGUGUUGUGGAUGAGGAAGAAGAAGGAUCAAUUGAAGACGAAUUUGUUAAACCGACAAAGGAAACUUAUGAUAGUGAUGAUUCGGAUGAUUUCGUUCAACAGUUUAAUUAUGUAGAAGAUGCUGCAAUAAGUGCUGAUAAGUUCACGGCGAUGUUGGAAGAAGAAAAUGAUUCACACAAAAAAAAUUCGAAAAGGAGGAUUAAAAAACUUCAUGGGUUUAAGAAGCGAAAGGAUCGAUAA